AUGGGGAGUUGUUUUUCGUCUCCUGACGGUAGAACAUUGAAUGAAAAGGUUGAUGGUGGAGUUCCAAAAGGUUCAAAAGCUGCCAAUGCUAGAACUAAUAGUGGCCAUAGUUUAGGAGGGACCAAUGAAGGAGAUUCUCGAGCAUCAGCAGCUCGAGCUGCACAAAUGAGAUAUGAUCAGGUUCAACAACUGAAGAAAGAUAGUGAAGUUAAAUUACAGGCCAUGAAGAAGAUGUCAAGAUCUGAGAAGGGUAUAUAG